UGAACCACGGCGGACCCCGCCCCCCGCCUAUGCCUCCUGCCCCUGCCAUGCAGCAUCCACAGUCACCAGAGAUGCCUGCCGGUGCUGUCGAAGAAUCGCCCCUAUAUGUCAAUGCCAAGCAGUUUCACCGAAUCCUUAAGCGACGUGUUGCCCGCCAGCGCCUUGAAGAGCAACUGAGGUUAACCUCCAAGGGACGCAAGCCAUAUCUUCACGAAUCCAGGCACAACCAUGCAAUGCGCCGACCUCGUGGACCUGGCGGCCGAUUCUUGACAGCGGAGGAGGUGGCGGCCAUGGAUGCCAAGGAGUCGUCAAAGGGCGACGGCGACGGCAGCGAUGACGCCUCACCCGCGAAGCCCUUGGAGGUUGCCAGCGCAAAGCGCAAAUCCGAAUCUGGACCCUCGAUUGCAAGCAAGAAGCCCAAGACAGCAACCGAUAGUGCUGAAGGGAAUCAAGAAAACGACAGUUAAUAACUGGUUUGAUUUUACUGCUUCCUCAUUCACUUGUUUUAUGAGUAUCCGAUUCACUCAUGAUUCUGUUUUUCCAACAAUGCAGAUUGGGCAUUCUCUUCUAAAUUUUCUUUUUUUAUAAUGAAGUCAUGAAGACUGUGACUUUGAAGGCGAUGCGUCUUGCUAUCAUUCCAAGUUGAGACAUCGGACGGGACUGGGAGUUUUCAUUAUUAUUAUAUUACGGCCGGCAAAUGGUGGACAAUCUCAUAUAAUCUCUGAUAUGAGAAAUUCAGCACGGCAUGUCUCUGACCUAUGCAAGCUUUCUUACAACAUUGUUUGGGAACUGGUAAUCCAACGGUGUUUAAGCAAGAAAUGUGUAUGGUCUGGCAACGAGCUGGGCUCUCAAUAUGGGUUAAACGAGAUGCCAGGCAACUGACAGGGGGGAAACUGGUUGGGCGGGCAGAAUGCAUGGACGACUCGACACGAUGGAUACCCC